AUGGAUUCUAAUGCAUCAGGCUUCCUUCUAAACCCUCCAGCUUUUCACUCCACUUACUAUCAGCCUAGGGAAGAUGAUGGUAUUAUUGAUCUGGGUCUCAGUCUCAGAACUUUGCAACCUGAAGCUUAUCAUCCAUCAGUACAUCUUUCAGAGGUAAGCCUGGACUUGGACGGAUAUGGCGACCUGAUGGACUGGCCUCAGGCAAACUCACCACUAAAACACUCAACUUCAGGAUACCAUAGGUUUACACCGCAGGAUUGUGACGAGGAGACAGAGGGAGUCCAGAGCAAAGAGAGGUGGGCUUAUGUGAAGGCAAACAUGGAUGGGGUGAUUGUUGGCAGGAAAAUAUGCAUGCUAGAUCAUGGUGGUUACUCAAGCCUUGCACUUCAACUCGAAGACAUGUUUGGAAGACAAUCUGCAUCUGGGCUAAGGCUGUUCCAGGAAGGGUCGGAAUUCUGCCUGUUUUAUAAGGACAGAGAGGAGAAUUGGAGGACCGUUGGUGACGUUCCUUGGAAGGAGUUUGUAGAAAGCGUCAAGCGGCUAAGGAUUGCACGAAAAAGUGAAUCUCUUCUUCCAUAUUCUCCAGCCUUCUCCUGA